GCCGCGGACUGUGGUUGGACGGGUCCAUUUUGCCUGGGGGGGUGUUUUGUAGGGAAGCCCUCCAAGUAGACGGGACGGAAACUCCCAUGGAAGACUAAUGCAAACGGGGCCAAGAGGGCGUGGGGAGCGGCGGGUGUGCGAGGCUAGUUGGGAAGAGUGUUAUGGCGGACGGGAGCGAAGGUCACCGCUGUCCCCUGGACUGGGACUGCGCAAAGAAAGCUGCCGAGAAUCUGAGCAUACACGCGUGUCUUCGGUCUGCACGUGUGCAUGCGAUUGCAAGACUUAUUGGGAGGCAAGUCCUGCUCACAUCUCAAGGGUUUCUUUCUGGUUGACUCGGUUGCAGAAACUGGGCUAGCAGCAAAUGAUCCCAGUGUCAAAAGGCAGAGAGAUGGAGUGAAGGGAAGAGUGCAGGCAUGAGGCAAGAGAUGCCAGCAAGGCUAAACCGAGUUUCCUGACGUGUGGAUCAGCAAAAAGCAGUGUCGAUGUGGAUGCAGGGAUAAGUUGGCAGAAGUUAUCUAAAUGUGGGAUAGGAGAAAGUCUGGGCUGAUAGACCAAAGUGUGGUGGAGUUUACACCAAGCUGACCAAAAAGUCGCAUCCUGUCUUCCCAAAAUGCAGUGUUCACAUCACUGUGAGCAUCUCCUGGAAAGGCUGAACAAGCAGCGAGAGGCAGGUUUCCUGUGCGACUGCACCGUCGUUAUUGGUGAAUUUCAGUUCAAAGCUCAUCGAAAUGUGCUGGCUUCCUUCAGUGAGUACUUUGGGGCUUUUUACAAGGACACAUCAGACAGUAACGUAGUUUUGGAUCAGAAUCAAGUGAAAGCCGAUGGAUUUCAGAAACUUCUGGAGUUCAUAUAUACAGGAGAUUUAAACCUUGACAGUUGGAAUGUUAAAGAAAUCCACCAGGCUGCCGACUAUCUCAGAGUGGAGGAGGUGGUCACAAAGUGUAAAAUAAAGAUGGAAGACUUUGCUUUCAUUGCAAACCCCUCGUCUACAGAAAUCUCCAGCAUCACUGGGAACAUCGCAUUGAACCAGCAGACGUGCCUGCUCACGCUUCGCGACUACAAUAGCCAGGAGAAAGCGGGAGACGCCCCUCUGGUAGACACCACUCAGCCCCCAGCUGCCAAAGCGACCCCAGAAAAGAAAUCCGCUCAAGCUAAAAAGCGGAAGAAAGGCUUCAGCUCUCCGAAAAACCCGCCGGACAAGUCAGCUCAGUAUCCGAGCGAUGUCACGGAGAACUCUUUGGCAGAGAUGUUUUUGGAUGCAAAUAAACUGGCCACGGAGAUAACGGAGCAAGCCGCCCAGGGCGGGGACAGUUCGGAGCUGCAGUUGAUGCCUGUGGUGGAAAGCGAAACUUUUACUGCCCAGGAGAUCCUGGUGCAGACGGUGGCCGUGAAACCCAAACAGGGGAAGGCCCAGCAGAGUUGCGCGUUGAAAGAGCACUGCUUGUCCAAUAUUUCCAAUGACAAGAGUUCUUACCAAUUGGAGAGCUUGGGAGAGGAACUGGAUCCAAAAUACCCCAAGGCGAAGCCGGUCUGUAACACUUGCGGGAAGGUGUUUUCGGAAGCCAGCAGUCUGCGACGGCACAUGAGGAUCCACAAAGGAGUCAAGCCGUACGUGUGCCAUCUCUGCGGGAAGGCCUUCACCCAGUGCAAUCAGCUGAAAACGCAUGUAAGAACUCACACAGGUGAAAAGCCAUAUAAAUGUGAACUCUGCGACAAAGGCUUUGCUCAGAAAUGCCAGCUGGUUUUCCACAGCCGCAUGCAUCACGGAGAGGAGAAACCGUAUAAGUGUGAUGCUUGCAAUCUGCAGUUCGCCACAUCUAGCAACUUGAAGAUCCACGCCAGGAAGCAUAGCGGGGAAAAGCCAUACGUCUGCGACAGAUGCGGCCAGCGAUUCGCCCAGGCGAGCACCCUGACCUAUCACGUGCGGCGACACACAGGAGAGAAGCCUUACGUUUGCGACACCUGCGGGAAAGCUUUUGCAGUCUCCAGUUCACUGAUCACUCAUUCAAGGAAGCACACAGGGGAGAAACCAUACAUAUGUGGCAUUUGUGGGAAAAGCUUCAUUUCUUCAGGGGAACUCAGCAAACACUUCCGAUCCCAUACAGGUGAAAGACCAUUUAUCUGUGAGCUGUGUGGAAAUUCCUACACAGAUAUAAAGAACCUAAAGAAGCACAAAUCAAAGGUUCAUGCAGGUUCCGAGAACCCCCUGGAUCCCAUCACAGUCGACCAUUCCUUCAACGGGCAGGACUCCCUCCCAAGCGAGAAAAGCCCUUUGCUGGAGUCUGCAGAUGUGAAGCCUUCUGACAUCGUGUUGCCUCUUCCCAUUGGCUCAGAGGACCAUCAGGUGCUGCUGCCCAUAGCCGAGAGCCAGUCUCCCCCCUCGGACACGCUGCUGAGGUCGACCAUCACUGGAUAUUCGGAACCUCAGCUUAUUUUCCUCCAGCAGCUGUAUUGACAUUCAGCAUUUCCGGAAGACUUCAGGAGCAAGGAGACGGUCGGUCAAGUGAACAUAAUCAUGCAGACGGUUUCAUGCUGGACCUUUGCUUUGGUUUGAAUUCGGGACACUUGGUAACGCGCCUGCAGUGUGCUGCUUUUUCUUGGUUACCUUUUGUUAAUUUAGAGCAACACUUUGUAACUUUUUUAAUUUAAAAAAAAUCAUGGUAGAA